GUUGGAUAUCGCCAGUGUCAUUUGCGGCGCUGAGAACAUUUUCUCCGAUAAUGUUGGCCGCGAUGGUUAUGCAAGCUGGCUCCUCAUGAAUCAGAGAAGGUUCCCUUGGACCAACGCAGAGGUUGUAGCUGGUUUGAACACCAUUGUGCAGUGGGCUCUCACUCAGGGCGGCCGGGUGAAUCCGGCUAUUAGCCCAUCGCAUCUUCAUGGACUAGCUGUCGGUGCUUUCGCCCUGUCAUGGUUCCACUAUAAUCACGGAUCUAUCACGACCAACAACGUGAUCCCCUCUGCAUCUUUGCAGGGUGGCGCUAGUGCCACCAUGUGUCAACUGCAGACGGCGACGCAAUGUGGAGUUGGGUGCGGCAUUCAGUCAUGGGCGCCUCAGUACGCCUGUUCAACAUCCUGUGCAAAUGUCACAAGUUGCGACGCCCAGUCCGCUCUCACCACCACACUCACCACUAUCAUGACGGCUGUUGGGCCGGAUUCAACUGGUUCUUCAUCAGCGGAUCAAGGGCAGCAGAUUGCCGUAGCAUCAUCCAUCAACCCGCUUAGUGAUCCAGCAGCUUGGGAUAGGUUGAUCGACUACAAUGCGGAUAAGAUGCCUAUCUGAGUUGCGAAUGUCGUUAACGGUCCAGAUUCGUCCGUUGACACCAGUUGGCAGGAUGUUAUCCAGCGAGCCUCUUCGGCUGGAAAAACUGUUCUCGGAUAUGUUCGUACUGGUUAUCUUGGUGUAAGCGACUAGAAGUUCUAGACUCGGCUGGGCUCCGGUGACUUGACAGAUUGGACUGCGCAAAUUGAAGAGGAUAUCGAUAUGUGGUAUAAGCUUCUCUAACUAGUGAUUUCAACUCGCUUAGUGGGAACUGCUGGGGAGACCAGACUCGCGG